ACCAUCUGUGAUAACCUUUUCAUUUUAACCCACGACUCCAGUGAAUUUUAUUAAAAAAUUCAGUUUAAAAUCUGAAUCGGUUAAAUAAAUUAUUUAGGUAAAUAGCCGCGUGAGGGUAACAGUGCAAAUAUGGGACCAAAAAAAGCAAAGGGAAAGACAAUGGACUCUGUAGACGGCGUUGAUACAUCGAAAAUGAGUCGAGAACAGCUUGAGUUGUACUCUCAUAAAAUUCUGGAAGAAAUGGAGAGAGAGCGGGAGGAACGAAAUUUUUUUCAACUUGAAAGGGAUAAAUUGCGCACUUUUUGGGAAAUCACGAGACAUCAAUUAGAUGAGGCGAGAGCUGCUGUCAGGAAUAAGGAGAGGGAGAAGGAGGAGUUGACGGAGAAACAUGAGGCGGAAAUUAAAUUGUAUAAACAGAAAAUCAAACACCUGAUGUACGAACAUGAGACCAAUUUGUCGGAGACCAAAGCAGAGCACAUGGUUGCUCUCAAAAUUUCUCAGGAUAAUCAUAAUGAUGAGGAGAAGCAACUCAUAAAGGAUAAAGGCGAAUUGCGAAAGAUCCAGAAGAAUCAGGAACUUAAUUGUAUCAAUCAGAUUCGGGACAUUAAGCUGAAAAAUGCUGAGGAAACCAGUGCUUUGAUGAAGAAAUUUCAAUGUGAAGCUAUGGAACUUGAGAAAAAAUAUGAAGAAAAAUUAAUGACACAAUACGAGUCAUUAAUUCUGAAGCAUCGCAUGGAGAUAACGGAAGUGGAGGAAAGAAAGAAUAUGCAGAUAUCGAAUUUAAUUAAAGAGCAUGAAAAGGCGUUUGCGAAUAUCAAGUCGUAUUACAACGAUAUUACGUUGAAUAAUUUGUCACUCAUGCAAAGUCUGAAGGAUCAAAUGGAGGUAAUGAAAAAUCAUGAAGAACGCAUGAAGAAACAAGUUCGAGAAUCGGUCACAGAGAAUAAGAGAUUAUCAACGAGUUUGAAAGAAUGUGAAGAACAAGUCGCAGAUUUGACUCGACAGUUGACAAACUAUGAGAAAGAUAAAUCGUGUUUAAUAAAUACAAAAAGAAGACUCACUUCGAUCUCUAAGGAUUACGAGAACUUGAAAUGGGAAAAUGAAGUGCUGGAAUUGAGAUUUGAAAAGUGUCAAGGUGAACGCGACGAAUUGCACUCGAGAUUUGUCUCGUCGAUUUUGGAACUUCAGCAGAAAACUAGUUUAAAAAAUGUACUCCUGGAGAAGAAACUUGAGAAAUUAUCCGAUUUAAUGGAGCAGCGGGAAAUCCAAAUAAGUCAAGUGCUCGAAAUUCCACUUUCCAACUCCGCUGUUAUAACAGCGGAAUAAUUACAGAACAUAUUUUUAUAAACUACCAAUAAAAUUAUAAACCACUAUCAAUUGAAAAUCAUAAUCCUUAUCAUCGAUAAGAAAUCAGAAUUCCGGUACAAGUCAGGAAUGUUUGAGAACCAGCGAGAAAUCUCUAAAAAUUCCUCCGUCUUAACAUUCUUUCUCCAGAUGUUUCCGCUACGUCCAAAUGUUUCC